GCCAAACUUCGCCAAGGUCGCCGGCGUCCUCGUGCGGGGCCGCAUCUUCCGGCUGCGCCGCAGUGCCUUUGUGCCGCCGUCCUCCUGGCAGGCGGCAUCCUCCUGCUGUUCCGCUCCACGUUGCCUUUGUGCUGCUCCGCUGCCGUCGUCGUGGUGUACAGGUCUGAACUCUAAAGUGUUCCUGUGCUGCACUAAGUAGGAACUGCCACGGACCAGCUGGUAUUGCCUUUUCUCUCAAUAAGGUAGAAGUGUUUUUAGUCCAGCAGCUUGUGGUGGAUUGAAUCUUCCUGCUUUGUGGUAACUCGGUGUAGAGAGGAUUGAACUGUGUGAAGGAUUGUAGCUGUUCGUUUUUUCCAGAAAUACACUAAUUGUUCAGUGGUCAUGGGAGAUACCAGUAGGGAUUCCGGUAUUGAGAAAUUGUGUGAAAGUAUGCAGCGUAUGAUUUCACAGCUGAUGGAGCAGGCACAAACAAAGACAAGCAGUACUUCUGAAAUUUUGAAGACCCUGGAACCCAAUCCUGUCAGGUUAACUGGUCCGGGUGAUUUUUUUAGCUGGUCUCGGAACGCCACAUUGAUUCUGGAGUCACAUGGACUUCAGAAAUUUUUGAAGGACGAUGAAAAAAAACCAACGGAUGUCACACAAGAGCAAUGGGAUCAGAAUCAAAAGCGAGUUAUGGUAUGGCUGUUGGGGUCGAUGGAGAAGACUGUUAGGGAACAAGUUGAAGGGUUUCAGUCUGCAGCUGAGGUGUGGACAAGCAUUGAGAAACAGUUCUCAGGAAAAUCGAACAAGAUGCAAGUCAGUAGGAUUUUCCAUGAAUUGAGGCAGAUCAAGCAAGAGCAGAAGACAGUGACUGAAUUUGCGGGAGAAAUCAAGAAACUCUAUAGAGACCUGGAGUAUUUUAGACCAUUUAAGGCACAUGAUCCCAGGGACGUACCCCUCCUUCGAGAGUGGUUUGAACCAUUGUUGGUUCAGACUUUUCUUGAUGGUCUGAACUCAGAGUUCAAUCUCCGUUCCCAACUCAUACAAGCCACAGCAGAUUGGCCUACAUUGGAUCAAGCCAUCUCAAGUAUACUUGAGGAAGAAACACGGCUGGCCAAUCAGAUCACAACUUCACAAACAAAUGUUGAUAGCAGAGCUGCACUAUCUUCAGUUAAGCAAAUUCAGUCUCCUGGUACUUCAAGAAAUGAGCAAGCAAAUGCUACUAGAUUCGACUACACGAGAAAGCCUAAGAUGGUGUGUGACCACUGUAAAAAACCAGGCCAUUUGAAGAAGAGUUGUUUUGAUAUAGUUGGUUAUCCUCCUGGAUGGCAACCGAAACAAUUUAACAGAUUCACUAGUGGCGGUAGUAAUGCAAGAAGACCAGAUCGAGCUCAUCUUACUUUAUUUGGGGGAGAACGGUCUGCUGUAACAGCCCAAGCACUUGAAGAAUUUAAAGGCAAACUUAUGGCAAAUACUUCAGAAGGCCCUGCUGAAGCUACAUCUGAUGCUCAUUCUGGGAAAGGAUCUGAAGACAAGAAGAAAUCUUGGGACUGGAAUUGAGCACGACGACCUCUACUACCUUACCAAUGCCUCGUCUCCAUCUCCAUAUGCCCUCAGUAUGAUGAAUAGCUUGACCACUGAUGAAUUUCUACUGAUGCAUUAUAGACUAGGGCAUCUGUCAUUCCAAGCCCUUGGUCGCAUGUUUCCAUCUCAAGUUAAAAAUUAUUGUAAGGAGAAGCUUUUGUGUGAUGUGUGUGAACUGGCUAAACACACUAGAACCAAUUAUCCUAGUAGUAAUGAGAGAAGUAAGAUACCUUUUGAUGUGGUGCAUUCGGAUGUAUGGGGUCCAUCAGUUGUAACUGCCCUCACAGGGGAUAGAUAUUAUGUGACCUUCAUUGAUGGUUUUAGUAGGUGCACAUGGCUGUACCUCCUAAAGCAUAAAUCUGAAGUUCUCCCUGCAUUCAAAGAUUUUUUU